UACGCAGUGAUUGCCGUGGCGUACAAUAAAAUAUGGGUCAAUUGUGUGGUCGAGAUUUGGAUAAUUUUAUUUUAGAAGACACCAUUUUCUUUCACCUGUCAGCAGAGCACAUUUUAAUUGCGUGACACAAGGGGGGAGGCGUGGUAUGUGUUUUAGGUUUUGUGGGAUUGGAUGAAUGGUAUCGCCGGGAGAGCAGGAAGUGAAGAUAACUGGAACAGCAGCAUGGCGUCUGAGGAAGGGAAGGGUAACCUGGCUCUCGUUCAGCACAUCGUGUUGGUUUUGUCAGGGAAAGGAGGGGUAGGGAAGAGCACAAUCACCACCGAGCUUGCCCUGGCAUUGAGGCACGCAGGGAAGAAGGUGGGGAUCCUGGAUGUGGAUCUGUGCGGCCCCAGUAUCCCCCACAUGCUGAAUGUGCGCAGUAAACACGUCCACCAGUGUGACGCGGGUUGGGUCCCUGUGUACGCAAACCCCGAGCAGACCAUCGCUGUCAUGUCAAUUGGCUUCCUGCUAGAGAACCCUGAUGAUGCUGUAGUCUGGAGGGGACCCAAGAAAACAGCCCUCAUUAAGCAGUUUGUGUCGGACGUGGCGUGGGGGGAGCUGGAUUACCUAAUCGUAGACACUCCCCCAGGCACCUCCGAUGAGCACCUGGCCGUGGUGGAGAGUCUCCGAGGGCAUGGUGUGGAGGGGGCGGUGCUGGUCACCACACCUCAGGCAGUUUCAACCGGGGAUGUGAGACGUGAAAUCACAUUCUGUAAGAAGACUGGCUUACGAAUCCUGGGGAUCGUAGAGAAUAUGAGUGGGUUUGCCUGUCCACACUGUUCUGAAUGUACAAAUAUAUUUUCCAAAGGCGGAGGAGAGGAGCUGGCCAAACAGACAGGAGUCCCCUUUCUAGGGUGUGUGCCUUUGGACCCUCAGCUCAGCUCCAGUUUAGAAGAAGGCGGAGAUUUCAUCCAGGCUUUCCCGCUGAGUGCUACCUUCAGUGCCAUUAACGAGAUUGCCCAGAAAGUGAUGAGCGGAGCUGCUGGGAGACGAUGAGGAACCACCGGGCUGCGCUGAUCGUCAGGAGGGGCUGAUUCCACAAGAAAUAACUUUCCACAUCGACCUUCAUGCUUUUAAAAUGAAAUGUUUGAUGUAACAUGCAGUUUUGAAAGAAGCACAUGUUGAGACCUGGGUAUAUAAUGGAGGUACAAAACAGAUUUAUCAUAUUAUUGUGUUAGGUCCAAUUACUUUACAUAUGUCUCACUUUAUACAGAACUGCUGAUCCUUUUAAUUUGCUAUUGAUAUUCUUCAGUUAUUAUAAAAUUAUUAGAAUGCUUCGUCAAUCUGCCUUUUUGUCUGACGUGCAUUUUGGGUUCAUGUUGACAUUUCUUUAACCACGGGAAAAGCAAAAAUCAUGUUAUUAAAUGUAUACAAUAAACCAAAAA